GCGAAAAGCCUCUGACGAUCAAGUCUUCACAUAAACAUUCUAAGAAAGCGUAAAGUCAUUCUUGAAGCUGCAGAUCCGUUUUGUUUGAGCUGUAGUGCGAGAACAGACCACCUGCUUGAGGCUCCUAUUGCUUCAUCUGGGCAACAUAUACUAGGGGUUUGGGGACAAACCCGGCCUCUCGAGCGUGAGGGAGUUCUUCGUCAUGCCGCUCAUAUAUGCAUUCGUGGCAAGGGAGACGGCAGUGCUAGCAGACCACACAGGGCCACAGUUCACAGGCAACUUCAAGUCUGUAGCUGUCCAGUGCUUGGACAGGGUGCCCAGUGGAAACAACAAAUUUACAUUUACAGCCAACCAGCACUCGUUCAAUUUCCUCAUAGAUGGAGGCUACACUUUCCUCGUCGUGGCUGAUGAAGGAUUUGGACGUCAAGUGCCCUUUGCGUUCUUGGAGAACGUGAAGAACGAGUUCAACCAGAAAUAUGCCGAAAAGUCACGGACGGCACAGGCAGGCAGCCUGGACAGGGCGUUCGGGCCGCGGCUGAAAUACCACAUGGAUUACUGCAUGGAGCAUCCAGAGGAGCUGUCCAAGGUGGCCGGCCUGCAGAAGAAGGUGGACGAGGUCAAGAAUGUCAUGGUGGACAAUAUUGAGCAGGUGCUGGCGCGGGGUGAGCGGAUUGAGAACCUGGUGGACAAAACGGACAACCUGCGCAACCAGGCGGACCGGUUCCACCGCACUGGAGUGGCGCUGCGGCGCAAGAUGUGGUGGCAGCACAAGAAGAUGUGGCUCAUCGUCAUUCUCAUCAUCCUCAUCCUGGCCCUCGUCAUCUUCCUCUCCGUCUGCUUCUCCGGCGGCAACUGCUUCAAGAACUGAGCGCAGCAUGCAAAGCGGUGGCGUGGCGGUGUCUGCUUGAAGAGUAAGCAGCCCAAAGCAGGCAAAGCAUGGCGCGUCGGCGGCGCCUGCUUCAAGAUUUGAGAGCAGAGCGCAAAGCAUGCGAAGCAUGAAGUGGCGGCGCGUGCUUCAGGUACCGAGCAGCGCUGUCAGCGUAAUAAUUUGCCAAUAGGCGAUGCUGCCUUGGUUUCUGUCUGCACUGCGUGCGGCGCCAUCAUUGGAGCCAGCGUUGCUUAAGUUGCUGGGGAGUCCAGUGGCCGCAUAGAGGGAAAUCAGCAAUGCUGACAGCCGGCAGGCAGAUUGUGGGCUGUGAGGAUGUUUGGAGUCCUAGACCCUGAGCAAUUUGGAGGGUUGAAAGGGGAGUGCAGAGGGGCAGAUCUGCUACCAUUUGAGGACGUGCUGUUGGAUAGGACUCUCGGAUGGCGUGCCUGUAUUGACGAACAAAGAAUUUUCUGCAUGUGUGCUUGCCAACAGAGUAGCAUCUGGCGUGAGGGGCACUUGUCAACAUACCCAUGAUAGCCACUGCAGAAGUUUAAACCAGCAUGGGAUGGCCUAGUAUGCAUGAAACAUGACAAGAUCUCUAGGGCAGGGGUAGGAAUUCUAUGUGCAUUGUAUUUCUAUUUUACAAGCCUGUCUGCAGACGCACUUGAUACUUGACAGUGGACCAGUGACGUGAUUGAAUAGUACUAUUACUUCUGUAGCAAGUUCACCUG